CCUACGUUUCCAACUUUCCUUUUUCCCUCAAGUGUGGAGAAGUUGUUUGUUCUUUUGACUCAGUGAAUCGGAGGCUAAGCCAUGGCCGAGAAAUCUUUCAAGUACGUGAUCCUCGGUGGCGGUGUUGCUGCUGGUUAUGCUGCUAGGGAGUUUGCCAAUCAGGGAGUUCAGCCUGGAGAGCUAGCUCUUAUUUCCAAAGAGGCGGUCGCUCCAUAUGAACGUCCAGCCCUUAGCAAGGCUUACCUCUUUCCUGAAGGAGCUGCUAGACUCCCAGGCUUUCAUGUAUGUGUUGGAAGUGGAGGGGAAAAAUUGCUUCCUGAGUGGUACACAGAGAAAGGUAUUUCAUUGAUCCUGGGUACGGAGAUUGUUAAAGUUGAUCUUGCUUCCAAGAAACUUGUUAGUGCAGCAGGGGAAUCAUUCACAUAUGAAGUACUGGUUAUUGCAACUGGUUCAACAGUUAUAAGAUUGUCAGAUUUUGGUGUGCAAGGUGCUGAUGCUAAAAACAUCUUCUACUUGAGAGAUAUUAAUGAUGCUGAUAAGCUUGUGGAAGCAAUAAAGGAAAAGAAAGAAGGGAAGGCUGUUAUUGUUGGUGGAGGGUACAUUGGUCUUGAGCUUAGUGCUGUGCUCAAAAUGAACAAUAUAGAUGUCACUAUGGUAUACCCAGAACCAUGGUGCAUGCCUAGGCUUUUCACAGCUGGAAUUGCCAAUUUCUAUGAAGGAUAUUAUCAGAACAAGGGAAUAAAAAUCCUCAAGGGUACUGUAGCAUCUGGAUUUGAAACCCAUCCUAAUGGGGAGGUGAAGGAAGUUAAACUGAAGGACGGUAGGGUAUUGGAAGCAGACAUUGUUGUUGUAGGUGUUGGAGGAAGACCUCUUACUGCUUUGUUUAAAGGGCAAGUUGAGGAGGAGAAAGGCGGAAUUAAGACUGAUAGUUUCUUCAAGACAAAUGUUCCGAAUGUAUAUGCUGUUGGUGAUGUUGCAACUUUCCCGCUGAAGUUAUACAAUGAAAUCAGAAGAGUUGAACAUGUUGAUCAUGCUCGCAAAUCUGCAGAACAGGCUGUAAAGGCAAUAUAUGCAAGCGAAAAAGGGACCUCCAUUGAAGAGUAUGACUAUCUUCCAUACUUCUACUCCCGCGCCUUUGAUUUGUCGUGGCAGUUCUAUGGUGACAAUGUAGGCGAAACAGUGCUGUUUGGGGACAAUGACCCAACAUCUGCCAACCACAAGUUUGGACAGUACUGGAUCCACAAUGGGAAGGUUAUCGGCGCAUUCUUGGAGAGCGGGACACCCGAAGAGAACAAGGCUAUUGCUAAAAUGGCAAGGGCUCAGCCUCCUGCUCUCAGCUUGGAAGAAUUGGCAAAGGACGGCAUUAACUUUGCCACUAAGAUCUGAAAGUUUUCCAGUACAUGAAUGAGAGAGCUUUUUGGAGUGUUUUUUUUCCCCCUCUUGGUAAUACUACAGCAGUGUUCAUUUGCCUGUCUGUUAACAGCUUUGUGUAAAUUAGAGAUUUCAGGGGUUUGUUGAAUUAAAACUCUUCAUCUAUUUCAUGUUGUUGAUUUGUGUUCUUGGGUGUUCACGUUUGAUAAUGUGUUGAAGUCAGGAAGUACUCGAGAUUUUCACUUGUGUAACGCGAUUUAGUUUUAUGCGAUUUUUAUUUGAUUGGACUUUG